CUUUUAGAAUUUUUAUUAGAAAUUGAUGCUGCAUGUGACAGAUAUUACAACUUGUCAGAUAUAAUUAGGACUUUCUUACCUUUUUAUAUUGAAGCAUAUUCAUUUGGCACGUCUUCUAAGUAUUCUUAUAGGCCUACCACUUAUUUAUAGUGCAGCAUAUCAAAAUGUGUUGAUUUUGGUCAUUUUUUAUAAUGAGAUUUUGUCCAUGGUGAUGUGUUUUUCAUGGUCUUACCACUAUGAUCCACCAAAGCCUUUUCCGUUUUACUCGUAUUUAAAUGUGAUUGUUAUUUCAUAUUGUAUGUAUAAAAUUAGUGCCAGGCUGCAUGGUGUGACUCUUUGUUAUGAAAUAGUUCCAUACAAUACAAUAUAUCCACAACACUGCAGAAUUUCAACGUCCACAAAUGUAGCUGUCACAGAAACCAGGUAUUUUCAUUAAGUACAUUACUGUCCCAGAUAUUUGAUUUGAAGGAAAUAAAAUAAAAGCAUUAAAAAAAAAAAGAUUUCAUUUAAAUGAUAAUGAAUGCCACUGAACAUUUAACAUACUGCAUACUGAACACAAAAUGGCAACGUUGGGAUUAAGAAGAUUAAGAAGACUGUUUAUAGUCACGCCAAACCAGUCCAUUUAUAUUAUAAUAUUGACAUAACAGGUUCAACCAGCUGAUCUUGAAUCAUCGGAGAGCAACAAGGGGAGAAACAGAAAGAGAUGAAGUGAGAAUACUUGAAUCUGAUCUGCUGCGUGUAAAUCACAGGUAGGGAGCAUUUAUCUGUUGUGCUGUUUAGGUGAGCAAAAGUUAUUAUUUAAUAUUUCAAUAUUUAUGCCAAAUUAAUGAUACUCUCAUUGAAUGUCUGUUAUUUAACCUCACAGAUUUGUCUUGAUUUUGUUUAAAGAAAGAAGAGGCAUUAGUUUUAUUUUCAAGUAGAGGUGGACAAAGUACACAAAUCCAUUAUUUGAGGCAGAGUACAGAUACUCCUGGUCAAAUAUUAGCUACUGCAAUACAAGUGAAAGUUGUUCAGUUACAUUUUUCUUGUGUUACAGUACUGGAGUAGGCUACUUGCUUUUAAAAAUACUAAUGUAUUCGUUUUUUUUAUGUCAACAUAUUGUUGUAUUGUUCCACAGUGCAUUUACAGAAACUAAUAACAAUGGAAAAACCCACUAUAUGCUGAUUUAUGCUGAACCGACCUAUUCAACUGGCGGCCCGCGGGCCAACUCUGGCCCGUCAAUCAAGUCUGACCCACUGAUCAAAUGUUUAAUUACAAAUACAUUUUUAUCCGAUAAAUUCUCUAUACCACAUAGAGGCACUAAUAACGGAGUAGCAUUCUUGGUAAACAGUGUCACCAGUCCUGCGCAGUAACAGCAGUGUCUGUUGGCAAAAAUUAAACCAGGUAUUAAACGGCCGUUAGUAGGCUAUCUAUAAGGUACAACGUCUCACUCUCGGGGUCUGUAUGCAAGGGGCGGGGGCAGCUCUGUGUCACGCUGGCGCACCUUGCAGCACUCACACACAAACACAGAGAUGCUGCUCUUAGUGACAAUCGCGGAAAAAUCUGAAAUGGCAAGAGCAUCUUGAACUUUUUCAUUCUCAUGGCUCUUCUGUUGUCUGCCUCUUUUUGUCACUCAAAAAAAAGAUGUGAUGUAGCUUUGUAAAAGAUGUCAAAAUUAACCAAAUUACAUCUAAGACAGCUGAAAUGAUGUGUUGUAGAAAAAUGCAGCAAGCACAACAUGACUGACAGCAUAGGAGUUGGCUGUCAUUGUAUUUUCUCCUGUAACGAAUUCCUUCAUUCAUUUCGCUAACUAAAAGCUUUGCUUCAAAGUAAGGAGUACUUCAUAGAAAUGUAGUGGAGUCAAAGGCACAAUAUUUGUCUUUUGAGUGUAGUGGAGUAAUAGUCAUUAGUUUCCAAAAAAAAUAACACUUAACUUAUUCUGAAAAAAUAUACAUAAGUACAGUACUCAAGUAAAAGUACUUCAUUACUGUCAACCCCUGACUAUACAACAAUAAAUUCUGUUCUGUUAUUACAUACCCUCACCAAGCACUUUAUUAGGAACACUUGUACACUUACUAAUUCAUGCAAUUGUCCAAUCUGCCACUAAAGUGACAGCAGUACAAUGCAUAAGAUCAUGCAGAUACAGGCCAGGAACUUCAGUUAAUGUUUAUAUUUCACAUGAUUAUUGGCUCCAGAUGGGCUGGUUUAAGUAUUCCUGUCACUGAAUUCUGAAACUUGAGUUUAUGCAGAAUGGUGCAACAAAAAUAAAAAACAUCCAGUGAGCUGUAGUUCUGCAGAAGGAAACAUCUUGUUGAGGAGAGGUGUCAGAGGAGAAUGGCCAGACUGGUCCGAGCUGACAGAAAGGCUACAAUAACUCAGAUAACCACAGUUGAAGACAGUAAAAACAUAUCCUGGUGUGAUGAAUCCGGAUUUCUGCUGAGGCACGCAGAUGCUAGUGUUAGAAACUUGGCAUCAACAGCAUGAAGCAAUUGUCCCAACCUUGUCCCAAGAUGUGGGUGUUGUCUAGAGGUGUGGUUUUCUUGCCACCUUGAUGCAAAUCAGUCAUUGCUCGAAUUGUUUAAUCAACGUCAGUUAGUUCUUUGUAUUUCACUUCAUCAGAAUGCAACAGAUCAAGUUACAGGUGUGAUUAGAUCAACAAUGAAAGGACAGUUUCUGACAUCUUGUGGAAUGCUACAGCUCAACUGAGUAUUGUUGUCACAAACUUUUCCAUGAACAUUGUGGUUAAUUCAGUGUACUUUUUUAGCCUCCCCAGUCACCUCACCUGAAUCCAAUAGAACAAAUUUGGGAUAGAUCAGGAGAUUGGCAGUACGAAUGUACAGGUGACAAGUGAGUAGAAAUUAUAUCUCGUAGGACGGUUCCCAACAACUUGUAGAAUCUAUGAAGAGUUGAGGCUGUUUGAACAAAGGGAGGUCCUACUCAGUAUUAGUGUGGUAAGUCUAGGGAAAUAUAGGGAAACUUUCUAAAUGUUUUUUAUAAAGACAAAAACGUCAGCCUUAGAAUCCGGUUGAAUUUGUAUCAAUGUGUCUUGGGCUAGAAAACAGAGGUCCAGCAGUUUCAAAGUACCUUUUAAAUAUUAAGUUAAUAUAACUGUUGACAAAAACAGAAGGAUUCAAGAUAUUUAAUCUUUUUCCUUUUUUCACCUUCUCACAAACAUAACAAAUCCCUUCAAAUGUAUUAGCUACUACAUUUGCAGAAAUUACGUAUUAUGUUUGUAGUAGGCAACUGCUAUUAUGUUUGUGAGAAAUUUAUUACGUUUGUGGUUUAUUACGUUGGUGGGUGUUACAAUUACCUGUACAGAUAAAAGACUAUUAAUAGGAACAUUUCUAGUUAAUUCAUGGCAACAAUAUCUAUAGGGAAACAUGUGUUUUAUGGUGACUUUUACAUUUUACACACAGUUGUCAUAGGUGGCACCUGGCAGUUUUACAUCCUUAUACCUGAAAUAUAAACUAUGACAAGAAAAGUGAAUAAAUUAUUAUAACAAACAAAAACACAUUAUUAUAAUCAGUUCUGUUACUUUAUUGGUAUUUUAUUUUGGUAAAAGUUAAAGAGGGCCUACUUGUUUUAAAAUAGACUAGACAAAAGUACAGUUUUAGAAAGGAAUACACAUUUCAACUUUAGAAAGCUGAAAAGUAUAGUUUGCGUUGUGUUCAGCCCAAAACCUCGAUCAUUUUUUUUCUUUCCUUUUUUUUGAGCUCAUGUCUUUAAUAAUGGUAUCAUUUUUGAUUGACUUUAGAAGAGUAUCAUUACCUAGGAACAUCUGUAGUCGAACAUUAUUUACAUGACAACAGGAACUUUGCUUUAAGGACACCUUUGAAUUUUACACUUUGAAAUUGUAUUUCUGGCUAAAGAAUGGAUGUAUUCAUAUCUCUUCUCAUCUUGUUUCCAGGGGCAAUAAAAUGCGAAGCAACUAAUCUGCCCGGAUCCAGAAAGACAGGAACUUAUCUACACACUGUAAAACAUUACUCUAUGAAAAUCAGUGCAGUAAAGUACAGAAUGGAGCAAUAACUAGAAAAAUGUUUAGUUUAUUGUAAUGAUUCAGACAGGCCUUAAUAAUUUCAGACGCAUAAUGUUUCAAUGGCAGAAAACAGUAAAUCAGUGAGUAUUUGAAAGAAAUAUAAAGGUGAAGUGCAGGUGAACUACAUACAGAACUCACACAGUAAAAGCUUCCUAUAGUUAAUUUCCUCCUCUCAAAUAAUGAAGCUACUGAAAGGAGAUAGGUUUCUACUGUUGCUGAAGAUCACUCUUGGACUGGGAUCACUAUGGAUGCUUUCCCUACUCAGUCACCCAAAAACAAGCUGGGAUCCUACCUACUUUCUCAGCUACAGCUGGUUGGAGUAUACAGAUGCUGAUGUCGGCCCGGAGACAGUGUGCAACUGUUCAGCGAUCCUGCGUGGAGAGAGGCAGGCACUGGACCAAGCCAAAUUACUGACUCUCACUAAAGACUUCCGCAAGAGUGUUCACAUCCCUGAUGAGUAUUACAUUAAUGCAACCAAAGACUGUAGGGAAUUCAAGUUAAGCAGAAAAUACUUAACACUCCCGUUAAGCCAGGAGGAAGAGGACUUCGCUCUGGCUUACUCUAUAGUUGUUCAUCAUAAGGUGCAGAACUUUGAGCGACUGCUGCGAGCCAUCUAUGUACCUCAUAAUAUAUAUUGUAUCCAUGUGGACAAAAAAUCAGAUCCCUCAGUUUUCUCUACCAUCAUGGCAAUUACUUCCUGUUUCCCAAAUACCUUCAUGGUCAGCCAGCCUGUGAGCGUGGUCUAUGCUGCCUGGCCACGUGUCCAGGCUGACCUUAACUGUAUGGCUGACCUCUAUAAAGCCAGCACAAAAUGGAAAUACUUCAUCAACCUUUGUGGCCAGGAUUUCCCCCUGAAAACCAACUUGGAGAUGGUGAGGAUGUUGCGUUCCUUGAAGGGCGGGAACAGCUUAGAGUCAGAAAAAAUGCCUGAGGGAAAGAAGUCAAGAGUGACAAAUUCUUACAAGAUAGUUGAUGGAAACAUCCAGGGGGCAGGAAAAGCAAAGGAGCCACCUCCCUUCAACCUGCCCAUUCUGUCAGGAAAUGCCUACAUUGUGGUUAGCCGAGGCUACGUGCGCAGUGUGUUGGAAGACAGCCGAAUACAGACACUGAUUGAGUGGGCCAAAGACACCUACAGUCCUGAUGAAUUUCUCUGGGCAACCAUUCAGCGAAUCCCUGGUGUUCCUGGCUCAGCGAGGCCCCACCCCAAAUAUGACAUGUCAGACAUGCAUGCCAUUGCACGACUGGUGAAGUGGCAUGGUCAUGAGGGGUCACUGGGUUCUGUGCACGCAGUGUACCCAGAGUGUCACGGCAACCAUGUCAGGUCAAUCUGUGUAUAUGGUGCUGGAGACCUAAAAUGGAUGCUUAAGCAGCAUCACCUCUUUGCCAACAAGUUUGACAUGGACACAGAGCCCAUCGCUAUCUACUGCUUGGAGAAGUAUCUGAGACAAAAGGCACUGGCUGAGUUGUACUAGGUGCAACUAGGUGCAACUCAGCCUUACCCAUCAGGGCACGGCUCUGUAGAGUGAACUUCUCAAAAGCCACAGUGUCCCCUCGCCCAAUGUUUGGAGAAUCCAUUGCUGUAGAAGAGCUUGGUGCUGUCAACUGGUAGGAGGUUCUCCAAGGUUAUUUUGAGUCGUGCAAAUUCUCCAGGGUCUCUACAAAAUCUGGUAUGGUUGGCUUUGGUCCCCGGUAGCUUCUAUUGAAACUUCUUCUUGCAGGAUCUUGUAAUGGUGACUCAGGGUGAGUGCUCACUCACAUCGGAUGCUUGCUCUGAUGUGCGCUUGACCAUGUCACCUUCGAAGGAGUCCCUUUCGCACACCUCUAUUACAGGCCCAUUGGCUGCAUCGCACAGUUUAAGAUCCUGCUCAUCCUUUUAUUAAUUUGGUCCAAAUUUGUUUACAAAAGGUUGACUUUUUUCUUUUUCUUUUUUUUUUUAUAGCUUUGGUGCUCUUUAAAAUCAUUUUGUUCAGUCAUGGAAUAACAGGUGAAAUCAGUGGGGUUUUAAUUGCUGAAAGUAUUUAAAUAUGGUUCAAUGAUUGCUUGAAUCAUGUAAGUGAUCAUCAUACACAGUGAAUACUGGGUUUGCAUUGGAAAACGAUUUGCAAAACACAAUUUGAUUUAAGAUGUCCAAAUAGAACAGCAGAUUACAAAGAGGGGAAUCAUCUUUGCCAAUCGUGCGAAUGUCUUUUCAUAUUGUUUCCCGGUUUUCAUGUUUUUUGAAAAUAAGUUGUAUUUCCAUUACCUAAAUAUGUGAAAAUAAAAAAUAUGACCUGAGAAAUAUAUUUUGAUCAAAUGAUUUAUUUGAUUAAAUUAUAACCAACACAUGAAUGAAAAUAUAAAGGAGAUCUUGAACUUUUAAGUCUACAUGCAGUAACCCUGGUCCCAAUGUAAACUAGAAUAAUUACUUGCAACAGCCAGGAAAACAUUUCACCCAUGAGAUCUUCCCUCAUGAAAUACUUUGAUAGGUUUGAAAAUGCAGCAAAUUGCAACUGCAAGUUACAGUGAGAUUUCUACUGCAGAAUAAGUGCUUUUGCAUAUCAUCAUAAUGGAUUAGAUAGUAUACAAUAUGAAAUAAACGCUUUAUAUAACUGGAAAUCUGUCAAUAUAAUUACAGUGAAUUACAGCUUGCAGGAUUUUGGUUCUUGCCAUAUAAAAACUGGACACAGCUGGGAGAGCAGUUAGUUCUCUAAGAUUUCACUACUCAGUUGCUGAUACUCUGGUUGCCAGCCUACUUCGAUCUCACUCAGUGUCUUGACUCAAACCGUGAAAUGUGAUCUCUGGAUCUACUAGAUUUAUUUGGCUAUUUGCGAAUUGGGGUGUUUGGGAUUAUUGAUUGUCAAUCAUUUGCAAUCACCUGCUAGAGAUAGCGGUUAGCUAGUUAGCUGUGUGUUUCACAUAACAUAAAACAGUACAUGUUCUAGCUUGGAGUCCUAAAAAACACUCAUAAAGUAGGCUACCCUAGUAACAAGUCUUGCAUCCCUAAUGCCCCCAAAUCAAAGCAGUAUAGAGCAGGGCCAGCUCACAGAUUAAUGGUAGAUGAUCAACUCACCU